GCAAUGUGGCAACGUCGCACUCGGGGCCAUUCAGUAAAGGAGCGUGAGUGAGCUAGGAGACAGCUUAGCGUGGAGACAUUAACCCUCUUUUUCUCCGUCUCCUCCCUCCGCCAGCCCUCGCGCGGCCCCGACAUGGAGAUUAUUACACGGCGGAGGCGCUGAAGCAAGAAGCAACACACCAACACUGUCAGCCCACCUGUGUGUUGUGCCCCGCCCCGGAGUAAGGCGCCCCACGAGUCACCUAAGGAGUGUGCUGUGCCCCGCAUUCUCAGCCUCACAGUGCCCCGCCUUUUCCCGCCCCAGCUUAGCCAGUCGUGCCCCGGCGGUAUAACGGAGGACAUCACCAGGCAUGAGGCGGGGCAGUCCGUGACCCCGCCCCGCCAGCCAUGGGCCAGGGGUCGAGCUACCAUCACCACCAUCACCACCACCACCACCCCCUGCACCCACAUCUGCCCCACCCCAUGGACGGUGCCGCAGAGCCCCCCACCAGCCCCCAGCAGGUGCGGCAGCGUGUGCAGCAGCAGCAGCAGGCCCAGCAGGAGCGGGAGAACCACCUCCACCUGCACCACCACCUGCAGCAGCAGCAGCCGCAGGCCGGCUGCUGUGGCACAGCCUCCUGCAGCUGCGGCGGCGGCCUGUCUUCCACGGCAGCCCUGUACGGCACGGCACGCAGCCCCGACCCCAGCCCUGCCCCGCCCCGCCCUGUGGUGGUGACUCCCCCACGCUCCCUGCCCCCCCAUCACCACCACUACCACCACCACCACCAGCGGGCAGACUCACCCUCACCCCCGGGGGGCGUCAACCCCUCGGCUGGUGGGUGCAGCUGUGGGCCGCGGGGUGGGGUGGGGGCAGGGGCCGGGGCAGGUCCAGGAUGCAGCCACUGGUGUUCAUCCUGCAGGGUGCGUGUGCAGCUUGAGGUGGAGUGUGUUGGGGGUGUGGAGGGCAGGCCCUCCCCCCCACGGGGCAGUCGCCUGCGCACCCUCACCUUCCCCAAACGUCACCGCCACAAGGCCAAAGCCCCGACCCGGGAUGCCCCGCCCCAGGCCAAGAAGAAGAAGGCCCCCUGGACCCUGCGCCUCAACUGUCGCCUUCGCCCCUCCAAGGCCGAGGCUGAGGCUGAGGCAUCGGGGGGCGGGGCCGGGGCUGGGGCCACCAUGGGGUGUGGGGGCUGCAUGUGCCCCAGCCUGAGGCGUCCUGAGCCUGACCCGCUGCUCCACCACCACCACCUGCACCUCCAUCCAGCCCGCUCCCCUGCCCCAGAGGAGGGGGCAUCCUCCCCUGGUGGGGCGGUGGCCCUGCGUGCCCCGGUCAUUGACCUGUCCCGGUUCAACCCUGAGGCGUACCCCGUGGAGGACUGGGAGGAGCGGGCACGGCAGGAGCGUGCGCGGGAGAUGGCGGAGGGUGUGGAGCCCCCGCCAGGCUUUGGUGCAGCGGCCGCGGCGGGCCUGACCCUGACCCACCUGCAGCUGCAGCACCAGCACCAGAUACAGCUGCACCAGGCCGCCGCAGCCGCCGCUGCUGCUGCUGCCGGCAACAGUUCCAACGCCACCGCCGCCACCGUCAACACUGCCACCUACACCACCACCAGCCUGGGCGUCGGCAGCGGCAACAGCAGCACCACCAGCAGCACCGGCAGCGGCAGCAGCACAGUGCCGCUGGCCUACAACCCCAUGCUGGACCUGCAGCUGCUGCUGGAGCGCUCGCUGCGCCUGGGCCUGGGGGGUCCAGGGGGACUGCUGCAGCAGGUGGGGCGGCUGACUGGGGGUGACGCGGGGGGCUGUGCGGCGCUGCUGCAGCGCACGGUGCACACACAGGUGGACUACAUCCACUGCCUGGUGCCGGACCUGCUGUCCAUCACCAACUGUGUCUUCUACUGGGGCAAGAUGGACCGCUACGAGGCCGAGCGCCUCCUGGACAACCGCCCCGAGGGGACCUUCCUGCUGCGGGACAGUGCCCAGGAGGAGUACCUCUUCUCCGUGUCCUUCCGCCGCUACGGCCGCUCCCUCCACGCACGCAUUGAGCAGUGGAACCACAAGUUCAGCUUUGACUCGCACGACCCCGGCGUGUUCGCCUCGGAGACGGUGUGCGGCCUCAUCGAGCACUACAAGGACCCCUCCUGCUGCAUGUUCUUUGAGCCCAUGCUGACCAACCCCCUGGCACGCACCUUCCCCUUCCCCCUGCAGCACCUCUGCCGCGCCGCCAUCUGCUCCGCCACCACCUACGACGGCAUCAACAGCCUGCGCCUGCCCAAGGCCCUCAACACCUACCUCAAGGAGUACCACUACAAGCAGCGCGUCAGGGUGCGCCGCCUCGACCACUAGGCACCCCCGCCCCUCACCCCUGGCCAACCACCACUGCAGGAUAGGGCAGCCACCCACACUGCUGGGCUCGGGGCAGCCACCCACACUGCUGGGCUCGGGGCAGCCACCCACACUGCUGGGCUCGGGGCAGCCAC